AGGGUGAGUGAGGGAGCUGUGCCAGCAGAGUGGCCCGUGCUGCAGUGAGAAGGAGGUGAAGACAGGGUAGAGCCAUGGCAGGACGGGGCCUCCUUCUCCUCCUCCUGGGGGUGGUCUCCCUGGCCCAGGGCUCGUCCUUCCUCUCCGGCCAGCGCCACCGGACACAUCUGCAGAGGGAUCGCCAAGCCCGCAACAAUGUCCGACCCAACAUCAUCCUCAUCCUCACUGACGACCAGGACAUCGAACUGGGUAAAACACAGUGUGUGUGUGUGUGUGUGUCUGUGUGGUGCUUGUUCAGUGUCUGUCAGCAUGUUAGUGAGAGAGUUCAUGUUAAUGCUUCCUCUUGGCACCAUUCUCCAUUUGCCCACUCGAAGUCAAGUACCCCAUGGCCAACUUCACUAUUGGCAUAGAGCGAGUGGCCUAUGGCAUCCAUUGUCUGAGUGCCAAACCCUGGCCAUCUCCCUACCCAUUUAAUCCGUUAAACUGCGUAUUGGACUGGAGUGCCAGUACAAUGGCCUCACUGACACCCCUUGUCCCGCUCUGAUUGCUCGUGAGAAUACCAUUGAAAACCAGGAAUUAUGGUCGAGCAUCUGUUUCACUAAACAAUCGGCAUCAGCCUGAAAAGCCUUUAGUACACAUUAAUUGAAAUGGGCAACACUUCACAUACAAUAUUUAUUCUCUCUCUCUCCUACUCUCUCUCACAUCCCUCACCCCUUCCAUCUUCAUGCCUCUCUUCCCCCCACCCUUUCCCUCUCUCCCUCCUUCCCUUCUCUCUCUUUUACUUGUCUCUCUCUCCUUCAGGCUCAAUGCAAGCCAUGAAUAAGACACGGCGUAUCAUGGAGCAGGGAGGCACCCAUUUCUCUAACGCCUUCUCCACCACUCCCAUGUGCUGCCCGUCGCGCUCCUCUAUUCUGACAGGGAAGUACGUUCACAACCACCACACCUUCACCAACAACGAGAACUGUUCCUCACCCUCCUGGCAGGCCUACCAUGAGCCUCACACCUUCGCUGUGCACCUUAACAACUCAGGCUACAGGACAGGUGUGUGUGAGCUGUGCAGCAUAUAUAUACACACACACACAGACACACACAAAUUAUUGCAUAGAGAAUCGCUUUGUACUUAUCCCCACCUCUUGUCCCAGCCUUCUUUGGGAAGUACCUGAAUGAGUACAAUGGCUCGUAUGUGCCCCCUGGCUGGAGGGAGUGGGUAGCACUGUUGAAGAACUCUCGCUUCUACAACUACACUCUGUGCAGGAACGGCGUACGGGAGAAGCAUGGCAGCAACUAUCCAAAGGUUCCAUCCUGUUUCAGUUUUCACUCAAAUAUUGGAGUAGUAUCCUAUGAUGAUGAAUAACCCUGAUUUAAUCAUUAAAUUCUUAAAAAUGAUGAUAAUAUUGUUGUACAGUAGUAUACAGUAGUAACCGUAGUAAACAGUAGUAUACAGUAGUAAACAGUAGUAAACAGUAGUAUACAGUAGUAAACAGAUGAUCUCAAUCUAAAUGCUGUUAUAAGGCAGCCAUUAUGAAAUGCUUUAUUGCUCUAUACACAUUUUUCUAUCCCUUUCUGGGAGGAAGUAGCCUAAUAUUAGAGUUCAGAACCUUAUGUACAGGUGAUUCUUGCUUCCACAGGACUAUCUCACAGACAUCAUUACCAAUGACAGCAUCAACUACUUCCGCUCCUCUAAGAGGAUGUACCCCCACCGACCAGUGAUGAUGGUCCUGAGCCACGCUGCCCCUCAUGGGCCGGAGGACUCAGCACCACAGUACAGCACUGCCUUCCCCAACGCCUCACAGCACAUGUAAGAAUAUACUAUACAAACACACACACAGACACACACACACUAAUUUGACAGAAGAUGCAGUGUGCUAGUGCACGCUGAAUGUAGGGUCAGUAAUGAUCCUUGCUAAUUGCAUAAUUUAGAUUGGCAUCGUUGAAGAGGUUCAUGAUAGAUAGGCAUCCAUAGAUUAUGAUAACACACUGUGGGUCCCAGCCUUUGUCUGCUUGGCACAGUACCCCGAAGAUAAGCACUUGGUCCUGGGCUAAUACCACCUCUCCCAUUCGUCCUGUGAGAGACAAACAGGAAGGCAGUAAUGAGUCUGUGUCUUUGGUCGAUCAUCCUCUCCUGUAAAAGUGAAUCCCAUAAGCAUAAUUAAAGUAUUGAAUAAAAGUGCUACACAGGGAUUAUGUUCAGCCCAUGCUGUUUUUAUUUUUUUAUUUUUUUGUAGUCAUUUAGCAGAUGCUCUUAUCCAGAGCGACUUACAGUUAGUGAGUGCAUACAUUUUCAUACUGGCCCCCCGUGGGAAAUGAACCCACAACCCUGGCAUUGCAAGCGCCAUGCUCUACCAACUGAGCUAGCUUUUUCUCAGAAAUCUACACACACUCCUUCGGUGUGAGUUCAUAGAUUAUCUUACUUUCCCUUUAUGGAGGAAAAGAAAAUGGCUCCCCUCUUACUUCAUCCUUCCGGAAAACCCUUUUCACGUCCACAUUGCAGUGACUCAUCUUCAUCUUCUGUUUAAAUCUGUUGUCAGGGCCUUGUGCCCCAAGGCCAUAGAUGAUUAACUUAUUUCCAAGUCAAAUCGAUAUGCUGUUAAAUAUGCCUUGCCUCCAAGACCUCAUUAGAUAUUUAGCAGUGUGUUUAUUUUUGAAAUAAUUAAGGUUCCAUCUGCCCCUGAGUUAAUAUUGAUAAAAUUGUCCUCUCCAUGUUAGCUGAUAUUGAUCAGUAUAGCAGCUGGUUGCCUUUUCUGUGGUUUAUAUGCCUCCAAUUCAGCAUACACAACAAGUUAUGAGGUCAGUUUCAAAGGUGUGGUUGGAGCCAUUUGCAAGCACUGGGAGAGCCUAUUGUUGUAUAUGCCAAUCAUAAAACAACACAGGGGUUGGAACCGGUUCAGGGAAAAUAACAAAACAUUUAGAGGAACGGAAACAGAACCGGGAACACUUCAAGCCAAGCUUACUCUUUCACUAGUAAUAUGCUCUAUCCGCUCUAAUUGUGGAGUAAAUCAAUUUGAUAAAUGUAAAAACUAUGUUGAUUUGACGUGUACAUUUUUUUACAAAAAGGAACUAUAUGAACCGUUCUUUUUUGGGGUUCGAAACGGUUCAGAACUUUAUUAUGCUGGUCGGAAAACUGGAACUGAACGAGAAAAAUACUGGUUUUGUUCGGAACAAAACGAUUGGAAAAUAAUUUUAGUUCCAACCCCUACAUCAUGAAGCCAAUCACAGCUUUGUAUAAUCUGAUUUCUAUUGGAAUUCAUAUGACAAUGCAAUUCAAUGCAACACAGGACAAUAUGCAAUACAACACAAUGCAAUACAAUACAAUGCAAUAUAACAAUGCUUCCUUCACACCAGAAUUUCACAUUUAGGCUAUUCAGCUAUGCAUAUUAAACACUCUACCAUGAAUACUGUGAGCACUAUUACAAUGUCCUCUACCAUAAUAAUAUUCAGUGUUCAUUCAAAAGAUAUGUCACCUCUAUAGAAUGUGAGCUCUAAAAUGCUUUCCGUAAAGGGGGACACAGAACCACUGUUCACCCCAGCGCCUUACAUUUUAUAAAAAAAUUUUUUUAUGAAACGGAGGAAGGAGAGGAGCAUCGUGGUAAAGAAAAAGUCGUAGUACAUAUUUCUGUUCUAUUGUAAUAUUGUAAACAAACGUGGCAGUUUCACCAACGACAGAUUUCAGCUUUAAGCUCCUCUGGGAUUUCUGGAGACAUAAUGGUGAAAAUAUCAGCGCAGUAAGCACUCCUCUGUCUCAUGUGCUUGGUAAAAAAAGUCAGAUCCAAGACACGUUAAUGAAGAUAAAAUGUGUUGAGAGCUAAGAAUGUGAGCAGGUGCUUUUGUCACAGGGUGUGUAGUGUCUAUGUUGUAUUUUCUAUGUUCAUGAUCUAGAUCGUGUAGAUCUAUGUUGGCCAGGGUGGUUCCCAAUCAGAGGCAGCUGAUUCUCGUUGUCUCUGAUUGGGGACCAUACUUAGGCAGCCUGUUUGGCACUGUUUAUUGUGGGAUCUUGUUCCGGAAGGUUUGUUUUGGUGUUAUUUAACCUAGGACUUCACGUAUGGUUUGGUUUGUUGUUUAGAUCGUGUAUUCAGUACAAUAAAAGUAUGUACGCAUAUCACGCUGCGCCUUGGUCCGCUUCUUGUAACGAUCGUGACAGAAGAUCCCACCAUAAAAGGACCAAGCAGCGUGCCAAGCAGGAGGAGUUGGCGAUGUCCCAGGUGGGCGAAUGGUGGUCUUGGGAGGACAUAUUCGCGGGCAGAGGGCCCUGGGCAAAGGUACAGGCACUGGCAAGAGAGGAGAAACGGCACCAACCGUGCCGACGACGGACACGCGAGAGGCAACCCCAAUACAUUUUUUUGGGGGGGGCACACGGCAUGGACGACGGGGCUGCUGGAGGCAGCUACAGGGCGCAUCGGCGAUUUAGGAGAGGAGGCCACCAGGUUUGGGGGGCUGGAAGGGUGGUUGGCGGAGCCUAGAGGUAGAGCAGAGCCAACUCCCCGUACUCAGGCUAGGCAGCGUGAGACUGGGCAGGUUCCGAGUUAUGCAGAGCUACGUACUGUGCCGCGAGUGUUCCGGCACAGUCCUGUACGUCCUGUGCUAGCACCACGCACGUGUCGUGCUAAGGUGGGCAUGCAGCCAGGACGGAGUGUGCCGGCUCAACGCUCGUGGCCUCCAGUACCCCUCCUCGGUCCCGGAUAUCCUGCGCCAGUGCCACGUGCUGUAGUGUCAGUACGAGUGCACAGCCCUGUAUGUCCUGUGCUGAUGCCUCACACAGAGUGUGUGGAAAUAGGCAUUCAGCCAGGACGGGUUGUGUCAGCUCUCCGUUCCAGACCUCCAGUCCGUCUCCACAGUCCAGCCCGGCCUGUUCCUGUCCCUCGCACCAAGCCUGUGGUGCGCGUCGCCAGCCCGGUCUGUUCCUGCUCCCCGCACCAAGCCAGUGGUGCGCGUCGCCAGCCCGGUCCGGCCCGUUCCUGCUCCCCGCACCAAGCCAGUGGUGCGCGUCGCCAGCCCGGUCCGGCCUGUUCCUGCGCCCCGCACCAAGCCAGUGGUGCGCGUCGUCAGCCCGGUCCGGCCUGUUCCUGUCCCUCGCACCAAACCAGUGGUGCGCGUCGCCAGCCCGGUCCUGCCUGUUCCUGCUCCCCGCACCAAGCCAGUGGUGCGCGUCGCCAGCCCGGUCCGGCCCGUCCCUGCUCCCCGCACCAAGCCAGUGGUGCGUGUCGUCAGCCCGGUCCGGCCCGUUCCUGCUCCCCGCACCAAACCAGUGGUGCGCGUCGUCAGCCCGGCACGGUCCGUGCCUGUUCCACCGGUGCCUGGUCCGGCACCGGUCAGCUGCUCCACACCGGAGCCAGAGCAAUCCGCUCCACCGAUGUCCAGUCCAGCUCCGGCCAGCGGGGCCAGACCAGACCAGGGGCGCUACGGGGGGGGGUAGAGAGAGAGUAGUGGUCACGCCCGGAGCCGGAUCCGCCUCCGAGGCGGAAUGCCCACCCGGCCCCUACCCUCUUGUGUUUGGUUGGCGCGGUCGCAGUCCGCGCCUUUGGGGGGGGGGGGGGUACUGUCACGCCCUGGCUCUGGGGACUCUUAAAUGUUGAGCCAGGGUGUGUAGUGUCUAUGUUGUAUUUUCUAUGUUCAUGAUCUAGAUCGUGUAGAUCUAUGUUGGCCAGGGUGGUUCCCAAUCAGAAGCAGCUGAUUCUCGUUGUCUCUGAUUGGGGACCAUACUUAGGCAGCCUGCUUGGCACUGUUUAUUGUGGGAUCUUGUUCCGUAAGGUUUGUUUUGGUGUUAUUUAACCUAGGACUUCACGUAUCAUUUGGUUUGUUGUUUUGUUCGUGUGGUGUACUAAAAUAAAAGUAUGUACGCAUAUCACGCUGCGCCUUGGUCCGCUUCUUGUAACGAUCGUGACAGCUUUCUUCUUCUGAGAUUAUUUCCCCCAUUUACUGGCUUUAUCUUCAACCUCGUUUUCCAUCCAUUCCUUUCUCAGAACCCCGAGCUAUAACUAUGCUCCUAACCCAGACAAGCACUGGAUCCUGCGCUACACAGGCCCCAUGAAACCCAUCCACAUGCAGUUCACCAACAUGCUGCAGCGCCGGAGGAUGCAGACCCUGCUGUCUGUGGACGACUGUGUGGACAAGGUGGGUCAGACAGGCAGACUGACAGACAGAUAGGUAGGAAGGCAGACAGACAGACAGACAGACAGACAGACAGACAGACAGACAGACAGACAGACAGACAGACAGACAGACAGACAGACAGACAGACAGACAGACAGACAGACAGACAGACAGACAGACAGGCAGGCAGGCAGACAGACAGGCAGGCAUGCAGGCAGGCAGACAGGAAAACAGGCAGACAGGCAGGCAGAAAAUAGUCUCUCAUGCUCAACUAAAUCUACUUCACUACCUGUCUCACUGUGUCCUCCUCCUCAGGUGUACAACAUGCUGGUGGAGACAGGUGAGUUGGACAACACCUACAUUGUUUACACAUCAGACCACGGCUACCACAUUGGUCAGUACGGCCUGGUCAAGGGCAAGUCCAUGCCCUACGAGUUUGACAUCCGGGUGCCCUUCUACAUACGAGGCCCCAACGUGGAGGCAGGAGCCAUGUGAGUGCAACUUUGGAGAUUUGUACAGUACCUUUUUUAGAAUAUGUUUUUUCAAUGGAAAUGGUUAGCUUUUGGCUCUCAUCUCACUGUUACUACUACUCUCUUGAUAAUAUAUCUUAUGCAGCACUCAUCUCUCUCCCCACCUGCUCUUGUGUCCUUCUGCAGUAACCCUCAUGUGGUGCUGAACAUUGACCUGGCUCCUACACUGUUGGACAUGGCCGGUGCCGAUGUUCCCUCUGAUAUGGACGGCAAGUCCAUCCUCAAACUCCUGGACACAGACAAACCUGUCAACAGGUACAGAGGGUCACAACUUAAUUUGCAUGGUUUGAACUUAACACAAUGGACACUCCAUGUCGCUUCAGGAUGACUUAAAAUGUCUUGCUUUUGUUGCAGGUUCCAGGUGAACAAGAAGGGGAAGAUGUGGAGGGACUCUUUCCUGGUAGAGAGAGGGUCAGUAUGUUACAUUCAUAAUCAAGUCAUUAAUCAAGUGUAAUUAAAGGGAUACAAAAAUUUCAGAAUUACUUCAUAAUUCCCCACAACCAAGUGGUCAAAGUUUGAUGUAUGUUUGGUCUAUGUUCUAUUGCUCUCAUCUGAGUCCAUCCUGUUCACACAGGAAGCUGCUCCACAAGAAGGCUGAUGGGAAGGAGGUGGCCCAGGAGGAGAACUUCCUCCCCAAGUACCAGCGGGUUAAAGACCUGUGUCAAAGGGCAGAGUACCAGAGCUCCUGUGAACAGCCAGGACAGGUAAGAGUUCUGUACAAUACCCACAGGCACACGCACACACACACACGCGCACAAACAAUUAUACAUUAGCAGAAAUAUAGCUAAAUCUCUCCCCCCUUUUCCCCUCUCUAUGUGUGUAGAAGUGGCAGUGUGUGGAGGACCCGUCUGGUAAACUGAGGCUGUAUAAGUGUAAGGGCAUGGCCAGUCUCUAUGCCCCACGUAUGCAGGCUCUGAUGGCCAGCAGCGGGUCCCAGCAGUGGGUUGGACAUGUCUCCAAUGCUGGAGACAGCUGUGAUUGUGGCCCUCUAGGCCCCAAAAUUACACCCCUGAAGAGGAAGAGACUGCUUACCAAGAAUAGUGAGUAGUCCUUUCAGUGGCUUAUAGAUUUACUUAUUAUCAAAGGCUUAUAAAUUGUGCUUGCAAAUUAUAGGACAAGUGUUUGCUGCCACCCAGUGGCAGAUUAGAAAACUUUACACAAAUUGUUUUUUUUUAUUGAAUGUUUUAUUUGUAUUGUAUUUAUUUAAUAAUAAUAAUAAUAUGCCAUUUAGCAGACGCUUUUAUCCAAAGCGACAUACAGUCAUGCGUACAUACAUUUUUAUUUGUGUAUGGGUGGUCCCGGGGAUCGAACCCACUACCUUGGCGUUACAAGCGCCGUGCUCUACCAGCUGAGCUACAGAGGACCACACAUAACCUUUAUUUAACUAGGCAAGUCAGUUAAGAACAAAUUCUUAUCUACAAUGACGGCCUACCAAAAGGCAAAAGGCCUCCUGCAGAGACGGGGACUGGGAUUUAAAAAAGAAAUAUAGGACCAAACACACAUCACAACAAGAGAGACAACACAACACUACAUAAAGAGAGACCUAAGACAACAACAUAGCAUGGCAGCAACACACGACAACACAGCAAGGUAGCAACCCAACAUGAAAACAACAUGGUAGCAACACAACAUGGCAGCAGCACAACAUGGUAGCAGCACAAGACAUGGUACAAACAUUAUGGGCACAGACAACAGCACAAAGGGCAAGAAGGUAGAGACAACAAUACAUCACGUGAAGCAGCCACAACUGUCAGUAAGAGUGUCCAUGAUUUAGUUUUUGAAUGAAGAGAUGGAGAUAAAACUGUCCAGUUUGAGUGUUUUUUGCAGCUCGUUCCAGUCGCUAGCUGCAACGAACUGGAAAGAGGAGCGACCCAGGAAUGUGUGUGCUUUGGGGACCUUUAACAGAAUGUGACUGGCAGAACGGGUGUUGUAUGUGGAGGAUGAGGGCUGCAGUAGGUAUCUUAGAUAGGGGUGAGUGAGGCCUAAGAGGGUUUUGUAAAUAAGCAUCAACCAGUGGGUCUUGCGACCCGUAUACAGAGAUUACCUGUUUACAGAGGAGUAUAGAGUGCAGCGACGUGUCCUAUAAGGAGCAUUGGUGGCAAAUCUGAUGGCCGAAUGGUAAAGAACAUCUAGCCGCUCGAGAGCAUCCUUACCUGCCAAUCUAUAAAUUAUGUCUCUGUAAUCUAGCAUGGUUAGGAUGGUCAUCUGAAUCAGGGUUAGUUUGGCAGCUGGGGUGAAAGAGGAGUGAUUACGAUAGAGGAAACCAAGUCUAGAUUUAACCUUAGCCUGCAGCUUGGAUAUGUGCUGAGAGAAGGACAGUGUACUGUCUAGCCAUACUCCCAAGUACUUGUAUGAGGUGACUACCAGUGGGGAGAGGGGCAUUCUUCUUACCAAACCACAUUACCUUUGUUUUGGAGGUGUUCAGAACAAGGUUAAGGGCAGAGAAAGCUUGUUGGACACUAAGAAAGCUUUGUUGUAGAGCGUUUAACACAAAAUCCGGGGAGGUGGCCAGCUGAGUAUAAGACUGUGUCAUCUGCAUAUAAAUGUAUGAGAGAGCUUCCAACUGCCUGAGCUAUAUUGUUGAUGUAAAUUGAGAAGAGUGGGGGGCCUAAGAUCGAGCCAUGGGGUACUCCCUUGGUGACAGGCAGUGGCUGAGACAGUAGAUGUUCUGACUUUAUACACUGCACUCUUUGAGAUAGGUAGUUAGAAAACCAGGCCAAAGACCCCCCAGAGACACCAAUACUCCUUAGCCGGCCGACAAGGAUAGAAUGGUCUACCGUAUCAAAAGCUUUGGCCAAGUCAAUAAAAAUAGCAGCACAACAUUGCUUAGAAUCAAGGGCAAUGGUGACAUCAUUUAGGACCUUUAAGGUUGUAAUGACACAUCCAUAACCUGAGCGGAAACCAGAUUGCAUACCAGAGAGAAUACUAUAGACAUCAAGAAAGCCAGUCAGCUGAAUAUUGACACGUUUUUCCAACACUUUUGAUAAACAGGGCAAAAUAGAAAUUGGCCUAUAACAGUUAGGAUCAGCUUGAUCUCCCCCUUUAAAUAAAGGAUGCACCGUGGCUGCCUUCCAAGCAAUGGGAACCUCCCCAGACAGGAGAGACAGGUUAAAAAGGUCAGAGACAGGCUUGGCGAUGAUAGGGGCUGCAACCUUAAAGAAGAAACAUAAUUCAAUUUCAGUUUCAAGUGACCUCCUGUGAGUCAUUUAAAAACAGUGACAAAUGCUAUGUACUUUAACACCCUCUCUCUCUUGGGUCAUUGACUUUGCAAUACCUUUGUAAUAAUAACAUUGUAACUAAUAACUAUUGUAACCCCAUCAGAGGUAAAGUCCAGUAAGAGUCUGACUAGGAACCGUUGGGCCCGGUCCAUUCCCUUUGAACUGGAUGGAGACCUAUAUGCUGUGGACCUGGAGGAGGGCUACAGGCCUGUGGGCCUCAGGAACACCAGCAGGCCUGGGGAGAAGAGGAGAGGAGCGGUCCUGCAGGAGGACGACGAUGAGGAGUUCAGUGGCAUGGGAGUCACAGCCAGACCCACAACCAGCAACAGCCUUACACCACCUGCUGCUCUUAAAGUCACCUACAGGUGUGUGUGUGUUGUGUGUGUGUGUGUGUGUGUGUGUGUGUGUCUUGUGUGUGUAUGUCUGUGAAUAUGUGUGAAUAUGUGUGUUGAGUUUCCAUGUUAGUGGGUCUUUGAGUAGUAGUGUGAUUAAUCUUUAUGUUCUUGUGAAGCACAGUAGCCCUACAGUAAUUCAAUCUCAGGUGUUGAGAGGGUGCUGUAAGAAAGUGCUAACUGCUGUAAACUGUGGUAAAUGCAGUUGUCAGGUAAAGGUGCUGAUACAGUAGCUGGUGUGUGUUUACCCCACAGGUGCUCCAUCCUGAUGAAUGACACAGUCAGGUGUGAUGGAGGACUCUACAAAUCCCUCCAGGCCUGGAAAGACCAUAAGCUCCACAUUGAGCAUGAGGUACUGAUCUAGUUGAUCCUCAAUCUGACCUGGCUGGUCUGUAGCCUUUCCUGCCAUUGCGGAGGUUAACUAUUUUGUAUGUGUUGUGUGCAGAUUGAAACCCUGCAGACGAAAAUAAAGAACUUGCGUGAGGUCAAAAGUCACCUGAAGAAGGUUCGGCCUGAAGAGUGCCAGUGUAACACCCCCAGUUACCUGUCCAAGAACAAAGGGAUGUUCAGACUCGAUGCAGGCCGCAUUCACUCACUCAAGUAAUGAUUGUGAGAUGGUGGUGUGUAUGUGCAUGUGUUUGUGCGUGUGUGAGAGAGAGAUCCUCACAAACCUGUGUAUCUCUCUUUAUAUGUCCUCUUGUGGUGUGUCCUCAGCAAAAUGCCCUCUAAGCAGAAGAAGCAGUGGCUGAUGAAGGAGCAGAAACGUAGGAAGAAACUCCGUAAACUGCUCAAGAGGCUCCGCAACAACGACACCUGCAGCAUGCCUGGUCUCACCUGCUUCACCCACGACAACCAGCACUGGCAGACUGCCCCCUUCUGGACAAGUAUGGAAUGACAGAAUGCAGACUAAAUCAAAUGCAAAACAGUAGUAACAGUUGUAGUAAAAGUAAAGAGACAUGGGAUUCCUGAAUUUUUACCACUCUGCCAUGCAUCUUUUUUUAAUAACUCCCUCUGUCUCUUUCCAUCCCCUGCCAGUGGGUCCAUUCUGUGCUUGUACCAGUGCCAACAACAACACUUACUGGUGCCUCAGGACCAUCAACGACACACACAACUUCAUAUUCUGC